UGCGUCUCGCUACGUUUACCUUAUCUGUCAAAAGUGACAAGUCCGCGCGACUGGAUCGCGCGAUAGUCAAUCGGGCCGUGAGAUACAAGCGGCACGAUAAUGGCGCAUUGGUUUCAUCGCAACAUUCUGAAAGCGACGACAAACCAGAAGUUUGAAUUAAAAGUUGCAAAUCCUACGGACGCCACCAGAAAACUUUGCAGUGACUUAAAACUGUCCAGGGCCAGACUUUUAGAUCUAGUUAGAAAUGCAAAUAAUACAAGCGAUACAAUAGAACCUGCAUUUCAUAGUUAUCUGAGUCUGUUAUAUGGAUUUUUGUGGGAAAUUAAUCCAUCCGAGGAACAUGUUGGCAGGCCCAAUCCUAGCAAACUCAGAAAUGUUCUCAUGUUCAAAUGGACCCAGACAUUACUCGGUGGUGGCACAUUCUCCAGUGCCGAUUCUGUUUAUGAAGCAGCCAACAUGAGUGUCAAUAUAGCCCUUUGGUUUAUGAAACAUGCAGCAAUGAUUGCUGGAAAGGAUGACAUAACAAUGAAUGAAGCUAAAGAAGUGCACAGUAUGUUAAGACGAGCCGCUGGAAUAUUUACUUUUGUGCAGACUGAAUUUUUGUCACAAUUGGCUAGCCCACCUCCUCUAGGAAGCGACUUAGAUCCCCGUGUGUUGAAUGCAUAUGUUAAUCAAUGUACUGCGGAAGCACAAGAAGUGACGGUAGCUAGAGCAGUGGAACUAAAACAUAAUUCCAGCUUGAUAUCAGCAUUAGCCAAUGAGACCAGUAAAUUGUUUCUGGAUGCUGCUAAUACUCUUCGGCCAUUUAAGAUAGAAAUAUCAGGCCAAUGGAUAAAAUAUUUGGAGCUUAAAGCAACAUUUUAUCAAUCCUAUGCUUACAACUACUGCGGUGAAAACUUAUUAGCUAUGGACAAGUGCGGCGAAGCGAUACGAGCGAUGCAAGAAAGCGAUGCGUGUCUGAAAAAGGCGAAAGCAUUGUGUCAGGAGUACGGGAAAACGCAUGGACCUGCGCCUCGCGUUAAACCGGACCAACACGCCGUGUUUAAGCGUUUAGCACCGUUAGUGAAACUCACUCUCGACAAGUGCAAUCGAGAGAACGGUUUGAUAUAUCACCAUACGAUACCAGGAGAAGUUCCGACUUUAGACACCAAAGCUACUUACGGCUUGGUCAGUCCAAUCGAUUUCCAAAUGCCAUCACCAAACACCAUUUGGAACUUGGACACGUAUAGAGUGUUAGCCGGAAUAGCGGCGGCGAAAACGGAGAAGGAGCAGAAUUUGCCGCCCGUUAAAGAAGAAGCAAUCCAUCAGAGCAGUAAGGAGCCGAAGAACGAGAGCGGUUGUGUAUUACAGUAAACUCUCCGCAAUGAUAUAGACCGUUUGUAAAUGCUUUUUCUCUUCACAGUGAUAUUAAUUUUAAUUACGACGGACAUGUGUGAAUGCGUUAAAUGAGCAGAUUAUAAGUAUGCCACGCAUGAGUACAAAUUAUGUUAUGAAAAGCUAGAGUGUAUAUUGAUGAUUUGAUGAAAAUUCCUAUUACGUAUGCUUUGCUUAGUCCAUUAUUAAAUAUUGCAUGACAUGGUAAGUAGAAGAAAUGUUGUAGAGAAUAAUAAUGAAUCAAAAUGCACUUACUUCGCACUGCACAUGUCCGAAACUUUCUGAUAGACCAAUUUUGUACGCAUCGACGCGAAAUAACAAGCAAUAUGAUUUGCUUUUAUUAUUGUAACGUAUAAUCGAGUGGAUUAUUAUCAUCGUAUGUAAGUGGAAUUUUUUGCUAAAAGCAACGAGUUAUUAAUAUCGUUGGGUGUUAUUUGAAUCGCAAUGUGACCUAGUCAGCGCGUUUUACUGAAAUAUAAAGCUGAGUUUUUAAUAAGUA